AUGAGCAAGUUGAAUCAAGAUUUACUUAAAAAAGCCAUUUCCGACGUAUUUGAAGGAACCAAACAAAAAAAGAGAAAAUUUGUAGAAACAAUUGAACUCCAAAUAGGUUUAAAGGAUUAUGAUACUCAAAGAGAUAAACGUUUCUCAGGUACUGUAAGGUUAUCUAAUGAAGUUCGUAAGAAGUUAAAAGUAUGUAUUUUAGGAGAUGCUGUACAUGUAGAAGAAGCUCAAAAAUUAGAAUUAGAUUAUAUGGACAUUGAAGCUAUGAAAAAAUUAAAUAAAGAUAAAACUCUUGUUAAGAAACUAGCCAAAAAGUAUGAUGCAUUUUUAGCAAGUCAGGUUAUAUUACCUCAAAUUCCUAAAUUACUUGGUCCAGGUUUAAAUAAGGCAGGUAAAUUUCCUUCCUUAAUUACACACAAUGAUAAAAUAAAUGACAAAAUUCUUGAAUUAAAAUCAUCUAUUAAAUUUCAAUUAAAAAAAGUUUUAUGUAUGGGUGUUCCUGUUGGUCAUGCAAACUUAAAAGAAGAAGAAUUAAGAUCUAAUAUUGUACAUGCAAUUAACUUUUUAGUAUCACUCUUAAAAAAGAACUGGCAAAAUAUUAGAACUUUACAUAUUAAAAGUACCAUGGGAAAACCACAACGUAUAUAUGGUUAA